AUGAUACGUAAUUCUAUAUUUCAGGUACAAACAUAUGGUAAAGAAGAAUGUGGCCUUGAAUGGAAAAAAUCUCAUGAAAUAACAACACGUGAUAUUGAUAUUGAAUAUUGGAAUAAUAUUGCUAAAUUUCGAAGAUUUUUACAACGCAUUGGUAAUAAUAGAUUAGUUUUUAUCGAUGAAAUGGCCAUUUAUUCAAUUAUGAUUCUUCAUCGAACACUUGUUGCUUCUGAACAUGAACCACUAAUGAUUGUAGAAAAACCAUCGGCUUAUGCCGAACGUUAUGACUUUAUCGGUGCUAUCAAUAGAUCUCAAGCUAUUGCUUGUAUGAUUUUAUCACCUACUGAUCGAAAAAAUCGACAUAUUGAAGGUAUUACAAAAGAAAUAUUGAAUGAAUGGAUUGUCAACACACUAACACCAGCAAUUAAUCGAUUAUCUGUUAAUAAUGUUUACUUGAUAUGUGAUAAGAGUCGCGUUCAUAACAAGGCAGAUAUGAUUCAAGCAUUAAAGACUGGUAAAUGUAAAUCAAUCAUUGACGUUUGUUAUAUGCCCACAGCCUCAGCAAAACAUAUAUCACCAUUAGACAGUCCAAUUUGGCACAGUAUCAAGGAACGUAGUCGAAGUCAAUAUCGAGUCACAACAGCAAAUCUUCCAUCACUACUUUCAGAAACUUUUUUAUCAUUAUCGAAACGAGAAAUCAAGAAUGCAUAUCGAAAAUGCUGUAUUGCACGUGGAGCUGAUGUGUUUUAUGGCAAAUAA